AACUAAAUUUGAGUUUGUAGGCACACAUCCAUCCAUUUCAAAAAAAUAGAAGAAAACUAAACUAAACUGUACAAAAAUGAAACAAUUUUAAAUUAACACAGCACAAAAUCUAGUCUUAAAUUACAUAUGUGGCGUUCUAAACCACCCCAAAGGCUUUAAAACUGAUAAAAUAAAAGCAGUAAAAGUAAAUAACUUGCACUACUCCAAACAUAACCUCUUCAGAGGAGAAUACAUAUGGGUAAUACAUUAUGGGUAAUUUGGCAACAGGAGCGCUCUGAUGACAAAUCGAGAACCACUGGGGUUUUGUAGCACCCCACUGUGUGUUCUAUGGUUAAUAAUAUAAGAGAGUGAUAAUGCAUAGUUAUAUUUUACUAAUAAUUUGAAUUAAAUAAGAUCUAUGUUAGUAUUAUAAUUUUGUAUUGAUCCUGUUUCAUUUAAUUUUGUUCAGUUGUCCAAGAAAUCGCUCGACAGGUUAAAGAAGAUAUAGAGAAGUUCAAGCCGUAUAUCCCUAUGAUAUUGGCUGUAAGAAAUCCAGGAAUGAGGCAGAGACAUUGGGACGACCUUUAUGAGAAAACAGGUGUGAAGAUCCAAAUGACCCCUGUGCUAACAUUUAGCCGCUGCCUCGACCUAGGGCUGGAGGAACAUGCGGAGGUGGCGGUCAGGCUCUCAGAAGAAGCAGCCAAGGAGUAUGUCAUAGAACAAGCUUUGGACAAGAUGGAGGCAGAGUGGGACGUUGUCAAUAUGGAGGUUUCUCCCUACAAGAACACAGGCACUUACAUAAUGAAGGUGACAGACGAAAUGGUGCAGAUGCUGGACGACCACAUUGUGGCUACGCAGCAGUUGUCUUUCAGUCCCUUCAAGGGAGCCUUCGAGAACAGACUGGCUGAGUGGGAAAGCAAGCUGCGGCUCACACAGCAGGUGCUGGAGGAGUGGGCAGAGUGUCAGAAGUGAGUGAUGAACAGCUGUGUAGUAGAUUGCUCUCAGUAGUAUCUAAUUGUACUUUGGUGAGGGAGUAACCAAUUGGUCCUAAACAAUAUUGAUUUUUGGUUUUGACCAGAGUAUCAUAUCUACAACUGGUCUGAUUAUAUCACAAUUAAACUACUUAGCCUACAUGUCAGUGACUAAAAUUCCUCUGCAGAAUCAGAAUAAAAUUUUAUUCGAUAUUAAAUAAUAUCUGUUACAAUAGGUUUCGUCAUUGGUACAUAAAAGUACUAAAACUAAAUUAAAAUAUCUAAACAAUCAGAAUUUAAAAAUUCAUCAGUAGUGUGAAAGGCUUUAAAGAGUGUGAUAAAUCGGGCAGGCAUCCUGUACCCGUCAGCAAUCAGAUUACAUCCAUCUUGCUUCAGUAUUUCACCCUCACCUUUCAGGGUGAUCGCACUUACAUUCAGGUUUGCAUCACGCCCAAAACAAUUUAAUACAACUCUUGUUUCUUUUUAUUUGGCGUAGAGCCAGCGGGUAAGUGUUCUAAUUAGAACGGGGGACUGUAAACCAGAUAUCAACUUUCUACUACACAACGUUAUGUGUUCUUUUAUUAAUAAGUGUACUACGCAGUUGGGUUGUUUGUAGACACUAUAUAAGGCGUCUGACAACGGGCACACCGUGAGUUUACCAAAUUUACAUUCCCUUGCAAAGAUGUCUGGUGAAUAAAUCGAAUAAGUCUGCCUGUCUUUACUAAACACACGCUUGAUCUGCCACUUCCUAUUUCACCCACUUUGUGAGCGAAGGGUCGUUUUUCGAAGACGACACCUCGGUGCAAACCCCUGGCGACUCCAAGCGUAAAUAACAUGUCAAUUAGGCUUAUAACAGAGGCAGUGAUAUUUUAUACAGUAAUGAUAAAGUUGACACCUAGCCUAAUCCCGGGCUACGUAGUGACUAGACUACCGCUUAUCUAUCAGAAUAGAUUUAGGAGUCUAACAAAAUCUCACCAUCUUGCGGGUACACGCGUGUUUCUCUUUGGGCGUUGCAACCUAUCGGAGAGUCCGGCGACUGCUACUGGGUCCCUCGGAACACUGCUUGAUGUUCUACCUCAUCAUUGUCAUCUUCCACCCUAUCACUCGCAUCUUGAGGCCUAGGGCCACGUGGAUACACAGCCUGUUGGGAAGGCACGGACGCUCUCCUCAUGCAGGGCUUGAUUUUGUUUACAUGUACAGUCACAUCUCUUUUCCGGGUUUUCAA